AUGGUGGCUAACAAUUAUGUCACCACCCAUGAUCUUAGUCAGCCAGAUAUUGUUGAUUUACUUACUUCGGGGUUCACGGGUAUGUUAAAAUCUUGGUGGGAAAAUCACCUCACUGGAAAUUCUCGUGAAAAAAUCAAAAAUGCUAUCCAAAAAGACAACAAUGGACUUCCUAUCUUUGAUGGAACUAUAGGAUGUGGUGUUUCCGAUGGCGUCAAUACACUUAUUUACACCAUAGUUGAACACUUCAUAGGAACUCCAAGUAACAUUACUGCCAGAAUACAUGAUCAACUCACCAAUCUCACUUGUCCAACCAUAAGUGACUUUCGGUGGUACAAAGAUGUAUUCUUGUCUAGAGUAAUAAUCAGGGAUGAUAGUAAUAAACCAUUUUGGAAAGAAAAAUUCAUUAAUAGUUUACCCAAUCUUUUUGCUCACAAAAUUAGAGAAACCCUUAUUAAAGCCACAGGUUUCAUUGAUUAUGACAACCUCACGUAUGGUAACAUCAUAAGUUUAAUCCAGAAAGAAGGCUUAAGAAUGUGCAUUGACAUGAAAAUUAGUAACCAAUUAAAUGAUGAUAGAAAAAGAGCCAAGUAUGAAAUGGGCACCUUCUGUGAACAGUAUGGUCUUCCACCCAUUGCUCCUUCACGACAAAAGACUAACGCCCAUAAGAAAUCCUAUAAAAGUGACAAAGGUUAUCGAAGGAACUACAAGAAUAGAAAAACAGUAUUCCCAAAAAUAGAAUAUUAUUCUAAAGAAAAACGAAAACCAAAAAGGACGUUUGGCAAGAAUAAUGCUAGUAAAAAAGAUACCAAAGACACUAGUAAAGAUGUCAGCAAAGUUAAAUGUUUUAAAUGUGGUAGACUAGGCCACUUUGCAAAAGAUUAUUAUGCCAAAAAGAAAAUUAGGCAAUUACAAAUUUCUGAGGACAGUAAAGAAUCUCUUUAUCAAAUACUCCAAUUAUGA